CCUGAGCAGCGGGACUGGACUGAGAGCCGCAGAUAAUAAUGGCGUCUGCGGGGACAGAAUCAGGAUCAACAGCCCCUCCAGGGGCCAGCAGUAUCAGAAGAAUGGCCCCAUCUGAUAUGCCUGGCUCUUCAGGCACCACUCAGAGCAUGAAGAAGACCAUCGGACACCGAGGGGUUGAGACUACCACAGGAGAGACCACUUACAAAAAGACUACAUCUUCAGCUCUCAAAGGAGCCAUUCAGCUGGGCAUUGCACACACAGUCGGCAGCUUAAGUCAAAAGGCAGAAAGAGACGUCCUCAUGCAGGACUUUGUGGUGGUAGAAAGUAUUUUCUUCCCCAGUGAAGGCAGUAACCUGACACCUGCUCAUCACUACAGUGACUUUCGCUUCAAAACUUAUGCUCCUAUCGCCUUUCGCUACUUCAGAGAACUGUUUGGGAUUCGACCUGAUGACUACCUGUAUUCUCUCUGUAAUGAGCCCCUUAUCGAGCUGUCUAACCCUGGAGCCAGUGGAUCACUCUUCUAUGUCUCUAGUGAUGAUGAGUUCAUCAUUAAAACAGUUCAACAUAAAGAGGCAGAGUUUCUGCAGAAGCUGCUGCCCGGAUACUUCAUGAACAUAAACCAAAACAAGCGCACUCUGCUGCCCAAGUUCUACGGGCUGUACUGCGUCCAGGCUGGAGGAAAAAACAUCCGCAUCGUAGUGAUGAACAACCUGCUACCGCGGAUCAUCCCCAUGCACCUGAAGUAUGACCUGAAGGGCUCCACCUACAAGAGGCGGGCAUCCCCCAAAGAGAGAGAGAAGGCCGUCCCCACAUACAAAGACCUGGACUUCAUUCAGGACCUGCCCGAUGGACUUCUGAUGGAGGCCGACAACUACAAUGCUCUGAGCAAGACCAUACAGAGAGACUGUUUGCUUUUACAGAGUUUUAAGAUUAUGGACUACAGUCUUCUCAUGGGGAUCCACAACAUGGACCAGGCUAACCGCGAGAGAGAGCGUGUUUACUCUGGAGACAGUGGGGGGUCAGAGGGCGCUGUGACCCCAGACCAACGGCGCCCCCAAGCCCAGAAGAGUUUGUACUGCACUGCCAUGGAGUCCAUCCAGGGAGAGGCCCGAGGGAAGGGGGCACUAGACUCAGAAGACCACAUGGGCGGGAUUCCAGGUCGAAACUCAAAAGGAGAGAGGCUGCUCAUCUACAUCGGCAUCAUCGACAUCCUCCAGUCCUACAGAUUUAUCAAAAAGCUGGAGCACUCCUGGAAGGCACUAGUCCAUGAUGGGGACACUGUGUCUGUACACAGACCAGGCUUCUAUGCUGAACGAUUUCAACAGUUCAUGUGCAACACUGUUUUUAGGAAAAUCCCCUUGAAAGCAUCUCCAUCUAAGAAGAGUCGAAGUGGGGUUCCCGGUGGGCUCAGGAGGGCUCCAACACUAGGGGCUCCCACCCCUCUCUCUCACACAGGACAGUCCAUGGAACCCAGAAUAGUGUAUCAUUCUCACUUCAAAAGCACCGAGUCUGAGGGAGAGGCUGGUGUGCAGUCAGGCCGGCCAGAUCUGCUCCCCAGGACCCCUCCCCCUUCAGACUGCCCCACUGAGGCUGAGGCCAACCUCUCCACAUCAUCUGUGGGUAGCACAGGAGUCACCACCUCGUCUCCUCGCUUACGGUCUGUUGGGGUGGAAGUGCACAAAUCAGAGAAUACAGAACAUGAACACAUCGCUCUUCACAGUUUGGAUGCAGAAGGGCCUGCAAAUGUGACUGACAACUCAUCAGGAAACGAAGAUGUAGUUUCACUUUCUGAUGUUAUCCCAGAGACUAACAUCAACUUUUAAAAGCGAACGCAGUGCCAUAGCAUCGGUCGUCCUUGAGACGAGUGGUGUGAGUGUAAAAGAGACAUUCAGAGCGACCCAUCCUUCCUGGAUGUGCAGUUGCACAUUUGGGUCUGCUCUUUUUUGAUGCUGAUAAAGAUGUGAAGGUGAAAAUCUCUGGCAGGAUCCAUUUUUCUCAGCCUUCACCAUCACUGUGCGUAGUUUCAUUUUCACUCUGACCCCAAGCCGAGCUCCCAAACCAGGCUCUCAAGUGCCCCUGAGAAGGCCCUGAUCUGGCAGCUCUGUAGAAGUUUUCGCAUAAAAGUUUUGUUUUUCACCUCAGUUAAAAUGGUCAACGUUCAACAUUCUGCAGACAGUGUGGUGGGCAACAGAUGUGAGUUUGUUGUGUGGACUUGUAUGAAGACACUGUGAGUGGACAGGUUCUGUGUAGGUGAAUAUACACUGCCUGGCCAAAAAAAAAAGGUCACACACUACUCUUUCAUUGAAAUAGUAGUGUGUUCUAUUUCAUUUAACUUUGUUUACGGCACACUGUGGCAUUGUUUUGAUAAGCUUCUCCAGUGUCACUAGAUUUAUUUCCAUCCAGUGUUGCAUUAUUUUUUCACCAAGAUCUUGCAUUGAUGAUGGUCGAGUCUGACCGCUGCACAAAGCCUUCUCCAGCACAUCCCAAAGAUUUUCAAUGGGGUUAAGGUCUGGACUCUGUGGUGGCCAAUCCAUGUGUGAAAAUGAUGUCUCAUGCUCCCUGAACCACUCUGUCACAAUUUGAGCCUGAUCAAUCCUGACAUUAUCAUCGUGGAAUAUGCCCAUGCCAUCAGGGAAGAAAAAAUCCACUGAUGGAAUAACCUGGUCAUUCAGUAUAUUCAGGUGUCAGCUGACCUCAUUCUUUGAGCACACACACUGUUGCUGAACCUAGACCUGACCAACUAGAGAAGGCUCGUACCUAUUUGCUUAGUUAAAUCCAGGUGGCAACUUUUUUUUUGCCCAGGCAGUGUAUGAAGUAGGUUCACAAUUAGUGAUCUCAGGAGCUGGAGCAAAUCCAAUGAAAUAGUUUAUAUAGUUCCAAAAGCUGCUGUUUGCGUUUCAAUCAUUUCCUUCCGUGAUAACACAUUACUGGUUUAGGGUUAAAUUCCGUUCUUUAGUCGUAGUUUUCCUGCUGGAAGGCACAGUGGUGCUAUUAAGAUCCCUUCCACUACUGAAUGUACACUAGUAUUUUUUAAGUAACUUGGAGAGCUGCAUCUGUACAAUGGUGUAUGCAUCCUCUAAUGAGACAAAUUGUAUAACAUUGCUGGAGAGUAGUUCUUGCUGCUCCAUCUCUGAGUUUGGUGUUAAAUUUGUGCUGAAAUCUGCCUUAUCACUACAGCCAAACUGUUCAAACUGCCGUCUGUGUGGACCAACGAGUCACGGGUCGUCUCGACUGAGAGGGGGAGAGUAGUUCAGUUUCUCUUUGCCACAAUACAAGCUAUUGUAAACUUCAUUUUGACAUCAGAUCUGUGAGAGUGUUCAUAUAAAUCAUUUCUGCUGGUAACAGAAAUGAACCCUGCCCUCAUCCGCGCUUGGACCAAUACGACUGAAUGCGACGUGGAUCUAGUUUUUGUACAAUAAUAGUCUUAUGCUGCUUCUACACAGCUGUUUCUGUUGACACUAAAUAAGACACUUUUGUUUGACUAUCAACCAUGAACACAUUUCAUGAAGAGAUACUUGAGUGGUCCUGGGAGAUUCUUCUUCCAAAUCAUCUCAUCUAAUGUAUAUUAUUAAGUAGUAUAAAAGAUUGAGGCAAUGCAAGGUAAGGAUACAAACAGAAAGAAGUCCUUUUUGAAAGCACAAUGGAGGAAUACGGACUGAGAAUUUGAGGCACCAAAGAUAGUCAGGGUUGAAGUACGAGUAAAGAUUAAACUCUAAAAUUUUAAUGUUUUUCAGAUAAUACUUAUAUCUAUUGUUCCCAGACUUUGUAAAAUAACUGUUAGUCAGUCACACUUUAAUUUACACUACUUGUGAUUAAGUAACAUGUAAUAACAUUGUAAGAGGUAUUACAUGUGGUUACCAUGUACCUAAUGAAGUAGGUACACUGGAUUAAAGGUAGUGUACAAAUAAAGUGUUUAAGCCUUGGCAUUUCAAACUGAAGUCUGUUUAACAGUGGCAUCUCACCCUUUUUUAAUGUUGUUUACUAUACUUGAAGUUAUCUGAAGUUAUGUUUACGUUUGAGGAAUUUGAUAUGCACAACCACCAAAGAAAAACACUCCCAAGAAUGAAGGAUUAAAACUAAAACGUAAAGGUUUAAAAGGAAAAAAAAACAAACAUGAAAAGGUGAAGUGUAUUUUAUCUAAUAAGAUUAUCCCGUGUACAGUGGAAGUAUGUAUGGCAUGUACAUAAUGCUUGAACACUACAUUUAAAUCAAUGCAAUAUAAAAUGCAAUCCAUGACAUUUUCAGAAGAGUGUAUUUAUUAACGAGACUGAUGUGGCUGAGCAGGUUUUUGUAUAUGGUCCUUAAAUGAUUGUUCAAAUACUGUAACUGACAGAAGGAUGUCUGAGACUUGAUAGCAUGUGCUGCCUAUGAAGGGGAAGUUUUAUAAAUUCAUUUUUAUAUUUCAUGUUUAGAUAUGACAUAUUCCAUUAUGAUUGUGCUUUUUACAUGAAUGUUCACAUGGCUGCAUUGCCAGUGUUGCUGGGUGUCCUCUAUGCUUCAAUACUAUAUUUUUAAUCUGUGUAAAUUGUGUAUAUGUACAUACAAGUCACGGAAAUGCCUUCUCAUUCAUAAUGUGCUGUUUGUCUUUCUGCCAUGUUUUAUUUAUGUGGUGGUGACAUGAUUUUAAAGGAUUAAACAUAUUUUUAAAAUAUA